AUGGGAGCGGGGGAGCUUCCAGCCAAAGGGCGCUACGCAGAAAGACAGCGAAACGAUCACAUAAUGCAGCUGUUGCAUCCUGAGCUUCUCUUGCUAGACUCAGCUGCUGCUCCAGAAGCGAUUCCAGAUUGGCAGCAGAUGGAGAAGCCUCGCACCCUUGCUUUGGAGGCUCUUCAGGCAGAUGUGUGCGAAGACAUCGAAGCAGUGCCCCUGAACACCGACAUGAGUGACCUCCCAGCCUUAUGUUAUCAGCUGACCGGUGGCACGACUGGAUCAUCAAAAUGCGUGCGUGUGUCACACGAGAUGGCACUGCACGAGUUUGAAGCAUACGCAAAGGUUUUCAAAGACCUGAGUUCGAAGGAUCGUGUGUUGCAGCACACUCCUGUAUUAUGGGCUGCCAGCGCCAUUGGCCAAAUCAAUAUUGCAGUCAGUGUUGGGGCUUCCAUAUGUAUUGCUGGCAUGGAUCAGGACUCCAUUUCAAGGCACGGCGUGACUAUUUUGGGCACAGUCCCAUCUGCGCUACAAUCUAUCAACCCACAAGCUGUUCCAACUGUUCGUCACGUGUUUUGCUGGGGUGAGUCCAUGUCGCCCGUUCUGAGGGCGCAAUGGAAAUCGGGGCAACGUCGUGUCAUUGAGCUUCUCAUCAGCACGGAGUACUGGUUGAGUCUGUAUAGUGAGGGCCAGAUAUCGCCAGAAGGCAGGCCAAUUUAUUCCUGUGUGCCUGGUGCUGAACUUGCCGUUCUUCAAGACGGCAAGCUCUGUACAGAAUGUGGUGCAACUGGACAGCUCUGCCUCCGUGGACCAAUGGUCAUUUCGAGGUAUUUGGGCACACAUGCAGUUUCGACCGUAACGCCGCCAGAUGGUAGUGCAUCUUUCUUCAAGGCGCAGGAUGUCGUGACUAUUGUCAGCCAGAAUCCGUUGCACUUGGAGUUCAGAGGGCGCAGCGACAUGCUGGUCAAGGUCGGUGGCCAAUUCGUGGAUCUCGCCGAGGUGGAGUUGCGUCUCAAGGCGAAGAUGCUGCCACCACCAGAGCAGACGGUAAGAGAGUCCGACGUUUUCGCUGACGAGGUCGCUGUGGUUCCGGCUGACGCAGAAAGCGCAGUUCCAGCGCAUGUCUUCGUGACGGUGCUUGACCACAGAUGCAGCUCUGCCCACAGGAUGCUGGCUUGUGCGCGGUCUCUGGUGCCAGCUGGAGCAGCUUUGCACUUGCUUGGCAAGCCACUGCCCAAAGAUCCAGUUUCUGGCAAAGUGGAUCGGCGCACCUUGCUGCGUGGCCUUGUUGGAGAGGCCAGGACGAGGCCUGUCUGGACAGCGCUGCGUACCAGGUUGAAGAUGCAGCCAUUGUGGUUGCUCGCCGUUGCAUUGUCGGGUGCGUUGAACCUGAACGCUCUGCUUAGCUGGUUCAUCUGUCGCAAGCCGCCGGGCAGGCCAGGCUUGCGAAGCCUUUUGCACGGGUGCUUGCAUGUCACCUUGGCACCGUAUCUUUGGCUACUCUCCUUGUAUAUCUCGCCGCGGACAUGCAGGUCUGUCUUCAAUCUCAUCCCCUUCGGACGGCUUGGGGCGCUGUGUCUUUGGUACCAGCUGAUCCGCAGUGGAGAUGCUCGUGUGCGAUGGAUCUCUGCUUCGGCUUUCGCGGGUUGCACCGGUGCCGGCAUGGGACUGGCCAUCAGGCGUGGACGCUGUCUGCCAUGGUGGUUAACCUUCUGGCUGGCCAUCCCAGAGAUUGCAGAGGCAGAGUGUGGAUGGUGGUUGAAGGGCAGCAACUGGCAGAUGUAUUUUGAUUCGCUGCUUUCCAUAGUUCUGGAAGCGCGGAGCAGGAGCACUGAGAUGUGGGACGGCGUUGUGGAGGUCCUUUUUGCCUUGCCCCAGGCGGCGCGCGAAUGGAAAGAGAGUUCCCCAGUGACCGUGUUGUUGGGAGGAUGCGCGGCAUGGAUAGGUGCGGCCUCAACGUUCAAAAUCCAACCCAACAGCAAAAAACUAGGAGGGCGGGAUUUGGGAACGAGCGGGUGGAGAAGGUGA